AUGUCAGAGAGAGUUGACCUAUGGAAUAAUGGAAAUUUGGUACAAGACGUCUUUCUAGGAGAAAUUAAAGUUCCUGUGAAGGUGUUAAGAAAUGAUUCCUUUCAAGCAUGGUACUUACUUCAACCAAGAGAAAAUGGAAACAAGUCUUCUAAAACUGAUGAUUUGGGAUCACUUAGAUUAAAUAUCUGUUAUACUGAAGACUGUGUACUCCCGUCUGAAUACUACACUUCUCUAAGAAAUUUGCUGCUAAAAUCACCAGAUGUUCAGCCGAUUUCUGCAUCUGCUGCCUACAUACUGAGUGAAGUUUGUCGAGACAAGUAUGAUGCUGUUCUGCCUCUUGUACGAUUAUUGCUACACCACCAUAAGCUAGUUCCGUUUGUUGCUGCAGUGGCAGAACUAGAUCUGAAGGACACUCAAGAAGCAAACACAAUCUUCAGAGGCAACUCGUUAGUAACUCGGUGUGUAGAUGAAAUGAUGAAAAUAGUGGGGAAGCACUACCUAAAGGUUACUUUGAAACCUGUUAUUGAUGAGAUAUGUGAGUCUCCUAAACCCUGUGAAAUAGAUCCCAUCAAAUUAAGAGAAGGCGAUAAUGUAGAAAUUAAUAUGGAAAAUCUACGCUAUUACGUAGACAAAGUAUUCCGUGAAAUUGUGCGGUCAAGUAUAAGUUGUCCUACCCUAAUGUGUGACGUUUUUUAUUCUUUGAGGCAUCUGGCUGCCAAAAGAUUUCCAAAUGACCCUCAUGUACAGUAUUCUGCAGUGAGCAGCUUUGUGUUUCUUCGUUUCUUUGCUGUAGCCGUAGUCUCACCUCAUACUUUUCAUUUACGACCUCACCAUCCAGAUGCACAGACUUCUAGAACAUUAACUCUUAUAUCAAAAGCCAUCCAGACUUUGGGGAGUUGGGGAAGUUUGACCAAAAGCAAACUUUCAAGUUUCAAGGAGACAUUUAUGUGUGAGUUUUUCAAAACAUUUCAAGAAGAAAAAUUUACUGAAUCUGUUAAAAAGUUCUUAGAUGAUGUUUCGUCUACUGAAAGUAAAGAGCCCAGUGGUCUGAGUGAGCCAGUACAUCUAAAAGAAGGAGAAAUGUACAAAAGAGCUCAAGGAAGGACUCGGAUUGGUAAAAAGAAUUUCAAGAAGCGGUGGUUCUGUCUAACAAGUAGAGAAUUAACCUACCACAAACAGCAAGAUAAAGAGCCAAUUUUCACUAUUCCAAUCAAAAACAUCCUUGCAGUGGAGAAACUUGAUGAGAGCUCCUUUAACAAGAAAAAUAUGUUUCAAGUACUACAUGGAGAAAAGCCGCUCUAUAUCCAAGCAAAUAACUGUGUAGAAGCUAGUGAAUGGAUAGAAGCUCUUUGCCGAGUAACGAGGUGCAACCAGAAGAGACUUAGUUUUUACCAUCCUUCUGCUUUUCUGAAUGGGAACUGGCUUUGCUGCAAGGCUACAAUAGAGAACACAGUGGGCUGUGCUCGUUGCACUGCGUAAGUUGCUUCUCAAAUGGAAGUACAUAUUGAUGGAGACAGAGAGACGGAAAGAAUUUACUCACUUUUCACUGUCAACAUGUCUAAACUACAGAAGUUGGAAGAGGCUUGUGGAAGUAUAGCAGUCUAUCAAGGUCCACGGAAAGAACCAGAUGAUUAUUCUAACUUCACAAUUGAAGAUUCUGUAGCAACUUUUCAUACACUUAAACAGAUAAUAGAUAUAGUAGAAAAGCUGAAUGAAUCGCAUGAAAAAUACAGAAAGAAGAGGUCAUCUAGUGCUAAAUAUGGUAGUGAAGAAAAUCCAAUUGUUGGAAAAGUUUCCUAA